AUGUCGUCUUUCGAUGUCAAGUUUAAUACUUUGUCGGAUCUGGAUCUAACCAAGAUCUUUGGCAGGACCAGCCAUUGCGGUGCGUGCUUCAGCCGUAUGGCUUCCCAGAGUAUCCGAGCCUCGAAACUAUUCCAAGUCGACUAUCUUGAUGCCGACGUCACCCAGCUCUGGAGUUGCGAUCCCAAGAGUAUCAAGAUCCUCGGCAUUGACUUGGGCCAAGCAUUUGUCGUUAGAGCGAGUGCAAUUCUACCCACUCGCGAGCAGCUAAAUGUCGAACAAGGAAAAGAGUCUGGUGUUAGUACCACGGAGUCGUCGCUGUCGAGUGUUGAGGCAGAGGAGGAUGAAGAGGCAGAGGAGGAUGAAGAAGCAGAGGAGGAUGAAGAGACCGAGGAACCGUCGCCCAAGUUUUUCAACUUAGGCGUCUAG